AUGGCGCCGAUCCCUAUAUCCAAGUAUGGCGAUUGCCAUAGUGAAUUAUGUGAAUCAUCUCCAUCACUUAUUAUUGAUAAUUCAGAAAUCAAUUCACAAAAUUUAAAUUCAGAAAAUAUUACUAACCAGGUUAAAUCAAAUGAACUAACGAUUAAUGAAGAAUCUACGACUCAAUCUAUGGUAAGUUUAUUUGAAAAUGAACUUGAAAAACAUGAUCAAAAUCCAAUCGAUAAUAAUUUAAAUACAAUUAAUAACGAUAUAAAACAAAUCAAUUUUGAAAAUUUCAUUGACGAUAUUGCUUUAUGGCCUUUAUCCAUAACGGACAAUUUUUGGGAAUACUUCACACUUCAUCCUCCAAAUCAAAAUAUUCAAGCUAUAGACGAGUCCAAGAAAUCGAUAAGAGGUAUUUCUCGUAAAUUAAAAAAAACAUAAUUUUUAUAUAACAAAAAUGAAUGGUACCUCAGUUCCAAGAACUUGGUUAAUAUAUUCUCCCUCGGGUGUCAGCGUAUUCUGUUAUAUUUGUAAAUUUUAUGCUAAAACUUCAAAACAUUUACUUUGCAAGGAAGGUUAUAGUGAUUGGCAUCAUAUUACUGAACGGCUUAUUGAACAUGAGAAUUCAACUACUCAUAGAAAUGUAAUAUGUGAUUAUUCCAAUCGUUCUGUAGAAUUAAAACGAAUUGAUUGCCAACUAGUAAAAGAAUAUAAAACAAAAGUUCAAUAUUGGAGAAAUAUUUUAAAACGUACUAUAGCUGUAAU